CAAAUUCCAGUUCCAAGGAAAAUCCUGAAGCGUCGAACUCUACCAUAAAAAAAACAAUAUUCAAAUGACUACGUAGUUACGACUCGCUCACGUUAACGACAUAUCGUAUCCAGUAUCAGUGUUGCAGUUAUGUGUCUGUCGCUCCAGCGGGCACACCACUCGUACAAAAGAAAGACACUUCUAUUCGUGAUCACUCAACUUCUGUUUAAUUUGACGUCAACUUUAACUGUCAACAGACUCGGGGACUCGGAUAUUAAAGCCAAAAGAAGAAUCGAACUCCGACCAUUGACACUUCCGUGCUUCUUAAACGAUGUCGCCCGCAUAUCCGCACCGAUGAUCAAUGAGCUCACUCUCUACUACCUCCACAAGCCAAAUGGGGAAGUGAUGAAGCUCAACUUAGGCAAGCCAAGCCUGGCCCGUAAAGAGGGCUUGGGAGAAAUAUCCAAAAUCGUCACGAAGUUCGUGAAAAACGUCAGGCCUAUAGUCAAACAGACAAACGACUACGAUGUUUUCAGUUUGAGAAAAAGUGUUCCGAACACAUUUGACACCAAAGUGGAGAGUAUGGAUCCUAAUGAGUUCAUCUUGGGUCCCCUGGGGGUUGAAGACCACGGGAACUGGGUGUUAAGUGCGUAUACCAAGGACCUCGACGACGAUUGGGUGGAGCUGUUCCAAGUCAUAUCAGUUGUAAUCACAGAAUACUUACCAGCCAACCCGACGAAACCCACCCUACAUCCAGGAGACACAUUCCACCUCAGCUUCGCGUUCCCAGUCAACGGCCUUCAGAGUUGUGAACUAGUCGCCCCAAGGUCAACCUUCGACAGAUUUUUUGACAGGAAUCUUAUAGAAACUGACACUUGUGGCUAUGUAGUGCCAAAUAUCACGAAAAACGAUAAAGGCUUAUGGAAAAUCAUUGGUGUAGGUAAUAUUGUGUACGAAACUGAAGUUUAUUUAAAUGUUAAUAAAGAUUGAUAAGACUGUUCA